AGAAGAAGAAGUUCGCGCGGGUCUUUCCACUGUUACCGGAUGUGAUCUUCCGAUUUCUCUUCAGGUGAACCUGAACCUAACCCUGAUGAACACCUGUAAAGGCACCAUGGAUCCCACAGAGAACAGGUACGCUCACCUCCUGCAGCCAAUCAGAGAGCUCACAAAGAACUGGGAGAUCGACGUGGCGUCGCAGCUGAACGAUUACCUGGAGGAGCUGGAUGACAUGUGCAUCACCUUCGAUGGAGGAAAAACCAGACUGAACUUUGCAGAAGCUGCUCUGCUCAUCCAAGGUUCCACGUGCAUUUACAGCAAGAAGGUGGAACUGCUUCACAGCCUUGUGUACCAGACUUUGGAGUACAUCAGUGACAGGAACAAGAAGCGGAGUAAAGAGACAGCGGCAGCUGCAGCUCAGGACGAUGAUGCAGGAACAACACAGAGCACACAGGACUCUGACAACUUAGCUGUGUUCACUCCUCAGGACCUGGAGGCAUCAGAAAACUCACAGAUGUCUGAUUCCAACAUGAUGGUCCGAGUGAUUCCUCUUCCUCCAGAGUCUCUGAUUCCUCCAGAAACACACGAAAAGCACAAACUGCCUUUUGUUAGUGUGAAAGGUGAGGUGGUCUGCAGCCAGAAUGACUUCAGGACCACCCUGUUCAUCCCUGGAGAGGAGAACCUGAUCCUGCUCAGUCUCAGAGCAGCUGCAGCCUCCAGGUUUCUGUUGGACCAGCUUCCUGCAGAAGCUGCAGUGGGACCAGAUGCUUCUCUUCAUGCUGCAGACGACUUCAUGGAACUGGAUCACAACCCUGUGGAGCACGUUGUGCUCGACCACAUUUCGGUUGAGAGUGCUGCUCAGGUUGUCAGAGAGAGGCGUCAGGUAGAGAAACCAACACAACAGGAUGAAAUUUUACCAGCGGUGAACCUGUGGACACUUCAUGACCAGUAUUGUGUUGUUGGUGAAGAGAAACCCUUUAAAUCAGGAAAGUGUCACAGCGUCCCUGACGGUCUGGAUGAAGCAGGGAAAAGGAAAAGGAAACGAGCGGGCUUCCUUCAGAACUUCAGGACGUGGUUCAGAGGGAAUUUUGAUCCUCCAGAACAGAAGUUAAAGACUGGACCCACGUUUACAG